ACACAUUUACAUUAGUUUUUUGUUUAUGUUGGGAAGUCGUCGGAAAAUUCGGCUGUUUUGUGUGUGCCGCAAUGAAAAGCUGCUAAAAAGCUAAAUAUAAAAAUCAGCGCAGUGCGCGGCCGUCUAUCGGUGCAUUGUUUUGUAAGUGCAGUCAGUAGGCAGCAGCAGCAGCAGCAGUCGUUGAGAAAAAAUUAUGUGAAGCAGAAACGCAGUUUUUGUUUGUGUAUGUGUAUGUACAUUGUGUUUUGUAUGUGUAUUGUGCAAUGAAACUGGAAAACCAUUAUUAUAAAUGAAAACGCGUGAAAUGUACAACGACCAACUCCUCCCACUUGUACGUGUGCUAGUGCGGGGUGCGCAUUGAAGGGUGUUUGAGUGUCUGUGCUCGUGCAUGUGCCUGUCGUGUGUGUGUGUUAGUGCGUGCACGAUAAGACUUGUGUUUGUAGACAAUAUAUAAAUGAAUACAUGCAUGUUAAAUGUCAAAGAAGGCGACGCGUAAUAUGCACACACAUUAAUAACGGCAAAAGGUCAAAAGUUAAGCUAAAAACAGGACUCAGGCAUCGUAAUGCUUUAAGACAGCGGUGGAGAGCGAGAAUGGGCGAAUGUUAGUGUGAGUGAACACAAUAUAGGAACAAAGAGAAGAGCAAGAAAAACGUCACAGAAGCGGGGCAAUAGGCGACCGCAGCGAACAGCAGCAAGGGGAGGGCGAAACAAAAGACUGCUAAAAGCUAACAAACAGCAAAUAACAACAACAAUAAAAAACAAUAACACCAACACUAAGCAAAAAUGUCGGCAGCGGAGCUGGAGGCUGAAAGUUCCGCACAGGAGCAGCACCCGCAACAACAACAAACCCAACAACAACAACAACAAAACGAACACACAAGCAACAACAUCAGCACUGCCAAUGAUGCUGAAGCCAAUCCGUAUGGCGCGGAGCUAGACGAAACCAUUGAGACUAUGACAUCAAGCAACAACUACAGCAUUAAUGUGGAGCAACAUCUGCAGCUUAAUAAUAUGCAGCAGCAUGUACAAAUGCAACAGCAACAACAUCAACAGCAGCAGCAACAUCAACAGCAUCAGCAACAACAACAACAACAACUAGAUCAGCAGGGCGACAUGGGCCUUGGACUGACACUGAUGCAAUCCUCUCCACCACCCCACAGCUAUCGACACUCGCGCGCCUACCGCCACUUUAAGAACCCGCCACAGCCACACAUGUGCAUACGCACGACUACAGAAACCGGCGAGGAGUUAUUCAUAAAUGUGCUUAGCUGGACGCGUAUUGUAAUACCACAAGAGCCCAGUGAUCCCAUACCUCUGUAUGGAGGCAUGCGCGUGCCGCCUGGCAGUCCUCGCAGUCCACCCAUCGUCUUUGCUGUUAUGGCCAAUCCAGAGGUGCUCAAAGAUUCUGGACGCCAUAGCAAGGAUCCGGAAGAACGGCGGGCUAUGGUGGAGCUAAUGUGCGACUUUGUGGAGGCUAUGAAUCCCGGCGUGAAACUAGUCAGAAACGCCGUCAUACUCAAGGAUCGUGACAUUUCAGGCGAGCUUAAAGACGUCUGGAAUGCUGUGCAGGCGCAGCGAGACCGUGAGCGCGAGGAGCAAAUGCUGCAGCAACGUCAACAGCAGCACUAUCAGAACAUCACCACACAACAAAUGUUUCCCAAGUCGCCGGAUGCGGCGCGUGCCGGCAGCUCAGUACAGUCAAAUGCUGCCGAGAUCGGUUUGCCGCCAGCAUACAAUGCCGAUCUCAUGGCGGCGGAUCAUGGCAAUGGCAUUACAUUAGCCGUAUUUGCUCAGCAGCUGGAUAACAAGGUGGCCAGUGAGCAGCUGGAAGAGCAGCAUCAGCAAGAACAGCUGAGUGGCAAUGAGACAGCGCCUGGCGAAGCCUGCACUGAUCAAACAGAUGCGGGUGGGGUUAUUAAUGGCAUUAGCGGCUCGCCGCCUGCUGUGGAGAAUCUAUCAACGCCAGAGCAACACACACAAGAGCCAGAGAGCAAAUCAGCUGCUUCCACUGCUAGCAACGGCAAUAGUACGCCCACAAAUACAGCAGCAGCGCCCACACCAGUUGCUUCUGCCCAGCCCACACCCACACCUCCUGCAGCCGCGGCAGCGCCCACCCCAGCAGCGCCUGUCAAGAAGGAGAAGCUUGGCGGCUUCUUGCCCAACGGUUGCAUUUUCCCGCGUUUCAAGAACAACAAGCACAAGGACAAGGACGGCAAUCACAAGGAGAGUAAGAGCAAAGAGAAGACGCUGCUUAAUGCGCUUAAGAAGAGCAAGGAAAAGAAGGUGGCGCCCAGCGAGCAAACGCCCAGUGACAAAACGGCCAUCAGCUCUGAUAAUGGCACCUCACAGUAUGAGAAGAACUGCAUCAACAAUCUCGAGUGCGAGGUGCAAAAGCUCGAUCUGAAUAGCAGCAAUAACGACAACAACAUGUUCAUCAAGCUGAAAGUGGCGCCCAGUGCAACGUCGGCAGCGGCCGCCGUCGCGAAGUAGUUGAGUAUAAAUGAUAACAAUGAUAACAACAACAACUUUGGUAAGUAGGGAGAAGAGUAGAGAAUAACAGAAGAGUUAAGUAUAACAGGCAAGAAUGUAAGAGAUUAACGAGUAGACAGAAAACUACCCAAAACUAGCACUUCACUAGCACCUAGGCAUAUACAUAGAGUCGUGGACGUUUAGCAUAUACAAGAUUUACAUAUAUAUAUAUAUAUGUAUACAAAUCUAAUAUAUAUACAAGUACAUAUAUAUACAAUAUAUACAGUUGUAUCAGUCAAUUUUUGAACGCAAAUCGACAGACUCUCGAAAGUAAUAUCUGAAAUGAAAAAAAAAACGUUGUGCCAUGUUCCCAUUCAUACUUACAUACAUGCAUACAUAUACAAAUACAUAUACAUAUACAUAUACAAUACACAGUGUAUACUGCGUACAAUGCCCAAUUGUCUGGGUAUUGUCGUCAAUAGUUUUUCCAGAAUUCUUCCCCGGCAUACGUAAAUUUAACAAAAAAUAUAAAAAUCAAGUAUUUAUAUAGUUCAAUAUUUGUAUGUUUCGCAUACAGUUUGCCUUAUAUACAAAUCCAAAACAAAGAGAGAGACAAAAAAAUGAAAGAAAGUGGAAAACAAACAAAUCUUAAAAUAGGUCAAUCGUAAAGAAACUCAUGCGCCAAAUUAUCAUCAGAAUACAUUGAACUCUGCACUGGACACUGCACUACACUAACCCCCCGCCCCUCCCAUCUUCUAACUAGACUAACUAGACAUACACACUACACUUAGUCACAUCAGCAAACGUAUUGAAUGUCAGAGAUACCCCAGUAAAAAAAAAGAAGUAUUACGAAUUUUUCCUGUAUCACGCUCAAAAUGAUCUCCACGUUUUUGAAGUUGAACUCGAGUGGACGACGCAGGCUCUAUAAAGUACCUUCCGUGCCAAUGCUAAUUGGUAUAACUAUGAGACGCUAUUUUUUGUUUAUUUUUAUUUCUAUGCUUUAUUUUAUUUUAUUUUACGUUUUCAUUUCCCAAUUACAAUAACUAUUCAAACGAUUUUAGUUAUUAAAGAACAGUUCCAAAUUACUUGAGUAAUGUAAAAACAAAUGACCUGAACAAGUACUUAGCAUCAUAAUACAUUUAUGAUUAAAGAGCUCCUAUGAUAUGCACUCGAAUCGUAUUCGUGCUAACUGGUUAUAUCCUCGAAAAAAAAACAUAAAUAUUAUAUUAGUUAGUUAUCGUAUUGUUUAUUUACGUUUAUUUUGUUUUGUUUAUAUCUUAUUCACACGUCGUUCCCAGUUACCGAGCGAAACAUCAACUUCAAAACGCAACCAUUUACGAAUACUAUACCGAAUAUACCGACAAAUUCGACAGAAAUCAUUCACAUUAACUGAAUACAAACAACUCAACAUAAUAUGCAAAAACAAAACUCAAUAUUGGACUGAACAAAGCUGCCAUAUAUAGAUCGCAUACAUAUGUAAAAUAUAUGUACGCAUUUAUAAUGUUUGCUUUUCAUUUAAACGAAAUUCAAUUGUGAUUCAUUUGAAAAUCAAAUUUUUGUUUUUAACAUCGAAAACUAUUUUCAACAUUUUAAAGCAUUUAGUAUACUGAAUAAAAUCUAAUUUUUUUGUUUGUGUUUGUGCAAGUAAUAAAAAGAAAACAUAAAAAAAAACCUUAACUUUGGCAUGCCGAAGAUUGAAUACCCUUGCAAGCUAACGACCCUUAAAACAAAAACUCCUUGUAAGCCCUUUAAAUAAUUAGAUUAACUUUUCAUGUGAAAGAUAUAGGACUCAGUUUUGACUGAUCCUGACUUCAAAACUGCCUGCAUUUAAAAAAAAAAGUAAAAUCUGUACUAAGUCCUAUUUAGAUUAUUUAAAAAAUAGCAUCAUUUGCUGCAAGGGUAUAUUUUAAAUUAUAUAUUUUAGGCAGCACCCAAAAGCAUGCAACAAAGUAUUCUCAGACUCGAUUAAAAUUUACGUUUUCCUUGCGAGAAAACCUCGCCAGCCUCUCCAGUGCCAUAAAAUAUGGCAUUUGAAUAAAAGAAACGUUUUAAAACGCAGGCUAAAGAUAUAUUUUAAAAUAAAAAAAAAACAAAUUUUAAUUAAUUACAAAUAUGUUUGUGAGUUGAAGUGAGAAUUAACACAAACCUAAAGCAUUAAAUUAAUUAAUUAUUUAAUUAACGUAAAUGUUAGUUUUAACUGGUUGUAAAUGCAAAAACAAACAAACAAAAUGCUCGUGUAAAUUAGUUAAAAUUGGCGCACGACAACAGCAACAACAGCAAGAAAAUACCUUGAAUUAAGUGAAAACUCCCAACACAUUAUGAUUAAAAAGUCGAAUAAUACUUAAUUUAAGUUCAAGUCUUGCAACUGAAGAGCAAAGCGGAAGCAAUAAUUUUACGCGAAAAAACAGCAAAAAGAAAAAAAAAAACAAAAUGUAAAUGUAAUGCAACAAAAACAUAUAACAACAAGAGAGAACAACAAACAACUAA